AUGGUUAAGCUGUUGCAAAAGCUGCGAGUUUCGUGGCCAGAGCUGAGGGCUUCUGUGGAGGGGGCUUUCGAAUCUGGAUCGCACAUCAGGACGAAAGAUCUUGCACAGGCCCUGAAGCAGGUUCUGCAGUUUCGGAGGCAACUCAGUGCUGCUGUCCCGAGUAUCGAAGCUUUGUGUGAUUCCUUGGAAGACGCAACGGAACAGGUCCAUCAGCGGGAAGAGGAGCGCCUGCGGUUCAAAGCCAUGACAAGGGACGUGCUCGAUGGCCAGAACAAGGCCAAAGCUAAUGAGAUCAAGUGCCGUGGAGAUACAUCGUUUGCGGCUGCCGGUUCCAAAAACAAAGGCUCUGCCGGUUCCAAAAACAAAGGCUCUGGCGGUUCCGAGAAGAAAGACAUGCGCCAAACUCCGCGGCUGGAGAAAAACGUGCAAAUUCGAUUGCAGUUUCAAUCUCCGGAAAUCUAUAACACAGAUAUUGCCGCUGAACAAAAAUACCAGGGGAGGAUCCAUGGAUGCAAGUUCCCAGAUGCAGAUGGAAUAGGCGAGGCUACGAUGCUGCAUCCUGAGAUCGCGUUCAAUGCUUUGCCACCAAUUUUUGGAGGAAAAAGUGGAGUACAUGUCCACCUGGAGGAUUUGACAGAUCAUAAAGUCUUUUGGGAUGCUGACUUCAAAUUGCCAAUGUUUGAUCCAAUCCUGAACAUCGUUGGCAAGACGCGCAUCAAAAAGACCACGGCACCCAUGAACAUGGCAGACCAGUUCCACAAGCCUUGCGUUCCUAAGGACGACAUGAGGCCACAUUUUUUUGAUUUGAGCAUUCGGACGCUGGGCAAGUACUGGGACGAUAUCGUGGAGGAGUGGCGGCCCGACAAAGGUUUCAAGGCCAACGGCCCGGAGGCCCACAUUGGGUUUCUUGUGCAACGCAUGCCCGAGCUGUCGGCCGACGGGAAGGAGGAGGUGCUUGGCCUGUGGAAGAGAAAAGGGUCUCCAAUCGCAGCAGAAGGUGAUGUAAUUCAGGAUCCUUUCGAGCGAGCACUUGCUGGGCAUGAGGAUCCUUUCUACGAUAAGUCGAAAUCGAAGACUUAUCGCGGCUAUUACGAUCACAUCAUCAACAGGUGGGGACGCUUCAAAGAUCGACUUGGAUACCUUGCCAAAUUCGGACCUCAGUUGCUCCUUGGACUGCCACCGGAAUUAGAAGAUGCCGAUAAAGGCGAGUCGAAUCAGGGCUCGCCGAACUUCGCGAGGUUCGACAUUGAACAGGCCUCAGAGGCACUUGAGCGCAAUCUGGAGGCUGCAAAGGAUAUGGAGAGCCGGCUCGUGAAAGGCGCUGGGACAGUCAUGAAGAGGGAGGCAUGCCACCAAGUGGUGCAGCGCACGGUUGCCAGAUUGUCCGUCUUGCGGGGCAAAGUUCUUACCGCUGCAGAGACGGUCUCAGCUGCCAGGGCAGACUUAGCCGGAGCUCGGCGAAGCAGCCAGGUGGCUCUGACAGAAGCGGCCGCAACAGCGCUGGAGCAGCUUAUGCUCGCGUUGGAUGAGGCAACCUCACAUGUGGAUGCUGGUGGUGGCCAGCGCUCCCGCACCGAAGCGCAGGCUGCCAUGACAGCUGGUGGAGAGUCGCCGACGUCACCGACUUCGUCGCUUGUGGACGUGCCCCGAGGGGCUCCGGCCGAAAUGUUGCAGGAUUUGCAGACUUCUCCGAGCCUGGGCUUGUUGCUGUGA